UUUAUUUAUUUAUUUAUUUAUUAUUUUUUCCCCCUGCCGAGCUGCUGCCCGCACUCCAGUCCAGUAGGUGGCGGUAAUGCACCUGAACUUGGUUUGCCGACCACCAUUAAAACAAGAAGAAGAAGCAGAAGAGUUUCACUUUCAGUAUCCAGUCCAUUUUAUCUCCUGUUGGAAAAGCAAACAAACAAACAAACAAACAAACUCAGCACCAGGCAGAAACGGUGACAUUAAUGUCACACAACAUGGAGUGUUGACUAAACGAGGGUAAGUAAUUCCAGCAGAAGCCAUCAGCAUCUUCAGGACUCAGCUGUGUGUCCAUGAGCUGUCUGUGUAUACACUAAUAUUCAAACAUGGAGACCCCUGACCUGGACACAGAUGAUGUGACUCCACCCUCAAAAAAACAUAAACUACAGAGAAAGAGAUCAGACUCACCGGAACCCAGCUGUGUCUCCAUGAAGAAUGAUGCGUCUAUGGAGUCUCCAUGGUACUUUAAAAAUGGAAACCCCUCAUCUGUACACAGUAAACUACAGAGAAAGAGAUCAGACUCACCGGAACCCAGCUGUGUCUCCAUGAAGAGUGAUGCGUCUAUGGGUUUUCCUCAUAACUUUAGAAUUAGAGACUCCUCAUCUGCACACAGUGUUCUACAGAAGUCAAGAGACAGAAGAGAAAAGAACGUCAUCACAGCUACAGGACACGACCCAGAACCUGCUGCUGUAAAUGAAUUCCAGAAAAUGUUCAAAUUAAAUCUGAUGAAGAAAUUUCAGUGUUUAAAUGGAGUGAUGAUAAACCCGGAAAAACGAACACUCCUGAAUGAGAUCUACACAGAGCUCUACAUCACAGAGGGAGACAGUGGAGACGUCAAUAAAGAACAUGAGGUGAGACAGAUCGAGGCAGCAUCCAGGAGAACGACAACAGAGGAAACACCAAUCAAAUGCAAUGACAUCUUUAAGCCGUUAUCUGAUCAAGACAAACCCAUCAGAACUGUGCAGACAAAGCCCUUAUCUAAAAAAGACAAACCCAUCAGAACUGUGCUGACAAAGGGAGUCGCUGGCAUUGGAAAAACAGUCUCUGUGCAGAAGUUCAUUCUGGACUGGGCUGAAGGGAAAGCAAAUCAGGACAUCCACCUCAUAUUUCCACUUCCUUUCAGAGAGCUGAAUUUGAUGAAGGACCAGAAACUGAGUCUGAUGGAUCUCCUUCAUGUCUGUUUUAAGGAGACAAAAGAAACAGAAAUGUCCAGUUUGGAAAAGGUUCUGUUCAUUUUUGAUGGAUUGGACGAGUAUCGUUUUCCUCUGGAUUUCCAGAACACAGAGAGAGUGUGUGAUGUAACUGAAUCAGCAUCAGUGCAUGUGCUGCUGAUAAACCUGAUCAAAGGGAAUCUGCUUCCCUCUGCUCUCAUCUGGAUCACCUCCCGACCCGCAGCAGCUGAUCAAAUCCCCUCUGAGUGUGUCCAUCGAGUCACAGAGGUACGAGGGUUCAAUGACCCACAAAAGGAGGAUUACUUCAGGAAGAGGAUCAGUGAUCAGAGCCUGGCCAAUAACAUCAUCACACACCUGAAGUCAUUAAGAAGCCUCUACAUCAUGUGCCACAUCCCAGUUUUCUGCUGGAUUUCAGCCACUGUUCUAGAGAGAAUGUUGGAUGAAGCAGAGAGUGGAGAGAUCCCCAAGACUCUGACUCAAAUGUACACACAUUUCUUCAUCAUUCAGACAAACAUCAUAAGAGACAAGUACUCAAAGAAGCAGGAGAGUGAUGAAGAAAUGCUUCUCAAACUGGGACGACUGGCUUUUCAGCAGCUGAUGAAAGGCAACCUGAUCUUCUAUGAGGAAGACCUGAGAGGGUGUGGCAUCGAUGUGAGAGAAGCAGCAGUGUACUCAGGUGUGUGUACGCAGAUCUUCAGAGAAGAGUUUGGACUUCACCAGAGUAAAGUGUACUGCUUUGUUCAUCUGAGCAUUCAGGAGCAUCUCGCAGCUCUGUAUGGGCACCUGACAUUCAUGAUGGAAAAGAAAAAUGUUCUUAAUCAGUUCUCUGACCAGUUGACUGAAGAAAUUACAAUCUCAGCUGUCCACAAGAGUGCUGUAGAUCAGGCCUUAAAGAAUCAGACUGGACAUCUGGAUCUUUUCCUCCGGUUUCUUCUGGGUCUCUCACUGGAGUCCAAUCAGAACCUCUUACAUACCUUAGUAACACAUACAGGAGGUAGCUCCCAGACAGAACAGAGGAACACAGUACAGUACAUUAAGAUGAAGAUUAAUGAAGAUCUUCCUACAGAAAAAUCCAUCAAUCUGUUCCACUGUCUGAAUGAACUGGGGGACAAUUCUCUAGUGGAGGAAAUCCAACACUACCUGAAAUCUGGAAAACAAAGUGAACUCUCUUCUUCACAGUGGUCUGCUCUGGUGUUUGUCUUACUGACAUCAGCAGAGGAACUGGAGGAAUUUGACCAGAGUAAAUAUAUCUCUACAGAUAAAAUAAGAGAGGAGAUUCUUGUGAAGGUGAUGCCUGUGAUUGCAGCAUCCAGAAAAGCAAUUAUCAGGUGUGAUACAAUUCAAGAACGUGGUUGGUCAGCUCUGGCCUCAGUGCUCAGCUCAGAAACCUCCAAUCUGAGAGAACUGCAUCUGACUGUGGAUACACUGCAUCUGACUGGGAAGACACUGGAUCUGACUGGGAAUGAUCUUGGAGACUCAGGAGUGAAGCGUCUCUCUGCUCUACUGGAGAAUCCUCAUUGUAAAGUAAAAAAUGUGAAGUUGUGGGAGUGUGGUGUCUCAGAUGAAGGCUGUGCUGCUCUGGCUUCAGCCCUGAGAUCAAACCCCUCACACCUGAGAGAACUGGAUCUGUCUGAGAAUAAUGUAGGAGACUCAGGAGUGAAGUGUCUCUCUGCUGGACUGGAGAAUCCUCACUGUAAACUGGAGAUACUGAAGUUGAGUUAUUGUGGUGUCUCAGAUGAAGGCUGUGCUGCUCUGACUUCAGCUCUGAGAUCAAACCCCUCACACCUGAGAGAACUGUAUCUGUCUUCGAAUAAUCUAGGAGACUCAGGAAUGAAGUGUCUCUCUGCUGUACUGGAGAAUCCUCACUGUAAACUGGAGAUACUGAAGUUGGAGGAGUGUGAUAUCUCAGAUGAAGGCUGUGCUGCUCUAACUUCAACUCUGAGAUCAAACCCCUCACACCUGAGAGAACUGUAUCUGUCUCUGAAUAAUCUAGGAGACUCAGGAGUGAAGUGUCUCUCUGCUGGACUGGAGAAUCCUCACUGUAAACUGGAGAUACUGAGGUUGUGUAGGUGUGGUGUCUCGGAUGAAGGCUGUACUGCUCUGGCUUCAGCUCUGAGAUCAAACCCCUCACACCUGAGAGAACUGCAUCUGUCUUUGAAUAAUCUAGGAGACUCAGGAGUGAAGUGUCUCUCUGCUGUACUGGAGAAUCCUCACUGUAAACUGGAGAUACUGGGGUUGCGUUAUUGUGGUGUCUCGGAUGAAGGCUGUGCUGCUCUGGCUUCAGCUCUGAGAUCAAACCCCUCACACCUGAGAGAACUGGAUCUGUAUGAGAAUAAAUUAGGAGACUCAGGAGUGAAGUGUCUCUCUGCUCUGAAGAAUGAUGAACAUUACCAACUACAGACACUUGAACUACACACAUCUCUGCACUGAGUAGAACGACCUGUGAUCCCUGGACAAAAUUUCCUCAAUCCCAAUGAAAACCUGAGGGAUUAUUUGGAACAGCAGGUGAAAAACCACACGAACUCCAGCUGGACCCAGUCAGUGGAAGACGGAGCUGAAAUGGACAGGAACAGUUUCAUGGCAUUGGUGGGAUUCUCACCUGACAGGAUUAGCAUCUGAGGAGUUUAUGUGAAGAAGCCCCUGGGAGACUCACUACAAGUCACAUUUAUCACUCUGUCCUUUAGUUGGUAUUUAAUAUAGUGUAGAUUUUUUGGUUCCAGGAUCAGAUCUAAUCUGUUCUUUAUUUUCUCUGAUAUCUGAUCCCCAUUUCUUUGCUAGUAUCAGCUGAUCAUACCCGGUAUGGGAUCAGUGCCAUCACUAUUACUUAAGUAUACACUACUUGCAAUAUUUUGCGUAAUUGUGUCAGUCAAAUACAGUACAUUUUGAAGAAGUGAAUAUGUUGUAUCUUUGUAUUAGACUACAACUUGAGAAGAAUACAGUAGACACUCGGAGGUAAAGUUAACUCGUGUGUUAACCAGAGCAAGAGAGAAACAUAUCAAUGCGCAUGGCUAAUUACCAAUCAGAAAUCAAUGCUAAAGGGAGUGAUUCCACUUAAAGAAAUAGAUCCUCUCUAAACACUACAGUCUUUAGUUCUGCUGGAACAACCCCAGAUGGAAAAUGAUGGAAAGUGGGGAACGGACACAGAGCUUAUGUUGAACUUCAGGUUAUAAACCACAAUAAUGCCUCCGCCUCUGCCAGAUAACCUCGGGAGAGCUAAUACUCCAAAUCCCGCUGGAGUGAUCAUUUUCUUUAUGCCAUGUUUCGGUUAUAAUCAACAAGUCCAGCUUUUUAUCAGUAAGAAAAUCCGAUAAAAGCAGGGCCUUGUUAUUCACGGACCGUGCACUGAAUAAAAUUUUUACAUAGACACAUACAAAGAAAUGCUUUAAAGCAAAGAUUUGCAUUAUUAUAUACAGAGCAGUAAAUAGUAAUUGAAAGGAAAUUCUCUUAUAUCAUGUACUCUUAUAUUAUGAACUGUAUUAAGACACCUUGGAUACGGGGAAUACUGGGUUAUAGUUUCUGUUUGUGUGUCUCUCUGCUAUCAAAUACCUAUGAUGAAUGUAUACAUUUAAUUAGCUCUUUGAAUAAGCUGCCAUCCUUUAAUAUAGCUGAAACAUGUAGACUUAUUUUGUAGUAUGACCCUGUGCGCUGUGUAUUUUGUCUAUCUGUCUGGCCCCUGCACCAGUAGAAACCCUCCACACACUGCUGUUAUCAAAGUGGUAUGUGUAUAAAUACUUCUGUUUUGA